CACAGAGUACAGAGCACACGGUCUUCAGUCUUGCGGGAACUGAAAGGAAAACCGAAAAAGAAACAGAGAAGAGAAGGCCUCACUCCACACUCCACUCCCCUCCCCUCCACAGCCCCGGCGCUUUCUUGGAUCGCGAGAAAACCACCCGAGAAACUUUGCAAUUGUAGGGAACUGUAUCGGCCGGAGCUCGAGGACGUAGACGAGGGGUGGUGCAAGGUGCUGGCCAUGGAUCACGGCAGGGGACGGAGACGAGCAGGGAGGCAGCAGCGGAGGGGUCCGUCCCGGUCUCUGCUCCUGUUCUCGCUGUAAAGAGACAGAGAGAGAGAGAGAGUCUGUGCCCUCUGAAUUCCACUUGAUCGAUCGAACUCCAGUCGCCAUGAAGCGGCCACGCGGCGGCAGCCCCUCCCUCCUUCCGACGGCCAAUCCGGAUGAUGAUGAUGGUUACGACGCAGCAGCUGGGAUGGAGGCGGAGGGGGACGCGGAGGAGAUGGUGGCGCGCGGCGGCGGCGGCGGGGAGAAGAAGCGGCGGCUGAGCGCGGAGCAGGUGCGCGCCCUGGAGCGGAGCUUCGAGGUGGAGAACAAGCUGGAGCCGGAGCGCAAGGCGCGGCUGGCGCGCGACCUCGGCCUGCAGCCGCGCCAGGUGGCUGUCUGGUUCCAGAACCGCCGCGCGCGCUGGAAGACCAAGCAGCUCGAGCGGGACUACGCCGCGCUGCGCCACUCCUACGACGCGCUGCGGCACGACCACGACGCGCUCCGCCGCGACAAGGACGCCCUCCUCGCCGAGAUCAAGGAGCUGAAGGCGAAGCUCGGGGACGAGGAGGCAGCGGCGAGCUUCACGUCGGUCAAGGCGGAGCCGGCGGCCUCCGACGGGCCGCCUGUCGCGGGGGUGGGAUCAUCCGAGAGCGACUCCAGCGCGGUGCUGAACGACGCGGACGCGCCCGCGGGCGUGGCGGAGGCGCCGGUGCCGGAGGUACAGGGCGCACUCCUUCCCACGCCCGCCGCGGCCGCAGGCGCCGCGACGAGCCACGGCGGGGCGUUCUUCCACGGGGGCUUCCUGAAGGUGGAGGAGGACGAGACGGGGUUCCUGGACGACGACGAGCCGUGCGGCGGGUUCUUCGCCGUGGAGCAGCCGCCGCCGAUGGCGUGGUGGACCGAGCCCACGGAGCACUGCUUGCUGGAACUGAACUGGGGUGGAUGAGAGCGUAGACUUGGGAUCUGAGCCAGCCGAGACGACAAUCGGUGGGGGAAUAAAGGAUUCGUAGCGAGAGACGGGGGCUAUUCUGCAAAUUUUGUAAAAUGGAAUUUUACCUGGUCCCUUCUUGUCAAUUCUUGCGCGUAUUAGCAGAGUAGUAGUAGUAGUAGUAAUAAGCAGCCUAGAAUCAACCUAGUACGGAGUUUUUGGUUAACUCUGGACCCGGGUGCAAAAAUGCAACCGAAAAAUGCGACCAGAAUCGAUGGAGGUGAGGGGAGACAGUGACAGUGGGAAGAGAGGAGUGUAGAGGAAGAGCUGGGCGAGGAAACGGCCAACCCGCAGGUCACUGUUGGCGGGCCCGGGGCCACGUGAAAGUCAGGCAUUGUUGGCGCGCCCCCAUUGACCGCCGGACCUGCCAGUGACGCCGACCGGCGACGUGCACGUGCCUGGCCGUGCGCGCCCGUGGCGUCUUCCGCGAAAGCGUCGGCUCCGCUCCCUGGUCGACCUGUUUGCGCUUCUCUGUAUCUGAUUUGGAAUCUUGCCGCUCGCCGUGGAGCCUCCUCUGCGGAAGUGUUUGGCUCCGCUCCUUGAUCGGUGCCUAUGUGUUCUCUUGUUUUUUUUUCAAAGGAAGCCUGUGUGUUGUUCUCUUGUUCA